GCCACCGUGUCUCUUCGUGACACUUGCAUAUCUAGGACGCCGCGUCGGCUCCUGGUCCGGUCUGAGGCGCUUGCGUUGGCAAAUGUCACCCCCGCGGUUACCUGGCUGAUCUUCUCUGCCCGCAACACCAUCUCUGCACUCAUGACCUUUGUCAGGCUUUUAUUGGUAAGCGUGUAAUCGGCCUGUUAAGGCUGUCAGCCUCGUAACUUCCUUCAACGUCCAAAAAUGUCUUCCUCAUCCGGCUUCCAAGCUAUGCCGGGCUGGUACUGGCCGGACGAUGUACCAAGGGACGAGCCCGCGCGCGGUGCAACCUCUUCCUCAGCGCCACAGGCCACGGGAACCUCGUCUACAGAACCACCAGAAGCAGGACAAGGCGCGCGGCCGAAGCGUACUCACUGGCCCCCUCGGCAAUGCAGGAUUUGCCUUGAGGUUGUUCAGCCCACGUUCAAUGCUCCCUCUGAGAGUCUCCCAGGCUUUCUGCAGUCCUCUCAUCCCAACGUAGUCUACGAAGAUGACGGAGGCCGCUUGAUUAGACCUUGCCUAUGCAAAGGCUCUUCGAAGUAUGUUCACGAUCAGUGUCUGCAAGCGUGGCGCCACGCAGAUCCCGGCUAUGGGCGCAGAAACUACUGGCAGUGCCCGACAUGUGGUUUCAAAUAUCGGCUUGCGCGAUUAGGGGCAGGCCGAUUUGUUGGUAGUAUCGCUGCUCAAAUAACACUAACUGUCCUGAUCAUGACGUCAAUGGUGUUCCUUCUUGGGUUCUUUGCGGAUCCUAUUCUCAAUUUAUAUUUUGAUCCAUGGAGCACCCUCAUGCCCUGGGCAAGUUCAGGUCGAGACUACUACUAUGAACCGGAGGUUGGACCGGACUCUUGGACCGAGCAUUUUGCUAAAGGUUUUGCUGGUAUGGGCGUGCUUGGCUUUCUCAAGGUCAUUGUCACUAGCCCACUCUCUUACUUUAGGAUCGGAGGCGGUCGAGGGCGAGCGACCGGUCGAGACCGAUAUGAGCAAGUCAGUUGGAUCAUCAUCCUGAUUGGAGUUGGAACGUUCCUAGCAGCCAUCUACAAAGGUGUUCGCGUCUGGAGCCGUCGCACACUCGAGAGAGCUGGCGAGCGAGUCAUGGACGUACAAGGCGACGAUGAUGGCGACGACGAGUAGUGUGUGUUACACAAUACACGAUGAUUCCUCUCGGCCUUAAAUCGAGUCUCUGAUCCUUGUGAUCCGCACCAUCUUAAAUUGCCACGGGGUAUCUGCUCAGUACCGUGUCAAUUAGUCUAUGUGCGAAGAUUAAACUGCCCACGGGAUCCAUAUCGAUCAGCGCGUCUUGUGCAGUCGGCCUUUGGACCGUGGUGCAUCACCUCUAGCAACUUCUACAGUUUUAGCUCGCUCAGUCCGCGUCGAUGCUCUCUCCGAGCAAUCCCGCGAGCGUUCGUUGUUCUUCGAACAUUCGACAUGGCUGGAACGUGAAGGUGCUUUUGGAAUAUCUUUUGUAACACAAUGCCGCCUCCGGGUGGGGUCAACUUAAAGGCUGCAGUGAAGACAUGAAACU